AUGCCUGGAGAUCCAACCUUGGCCACAGGCACUGUAAACCAGGCGGAGUCAACCCAGUCCAGCCAUCUUUACGCUGUUGCUCUGAAGCUUCCUGUUUUCUGGCCUGACAGUUGUGAGUCCUGGUUCAUUAAUGCAGAGUCGCAAUUCCAUCUCAAGAACAUCACCGCCAGCAGCACCAAGUUCCAUCAUGUUGUGGCGUCCUUACCCCAGAAGGAGAUCGAUAACGUCGUCGACAUCAUCAGGAACCCACCUGCAGCCGAGCCUUACAGUGUUCUCAAGUCUCGUCUGUUACAGACACAUUCUUUGACAGAUUAUGCUCGUUGUGAGUCGAUUAUGUCUCUUCCUUUGUCUGGAGAUAUGUUGCCCUCAGCGUUAUUGUCCAGGAUGCAGGCUCUUCUUCCUAUAGAGCAUCAAGAAUGUUUGUUCCUUCGGUACGCUUUCCUCAGACAACUUCCAUCUGAUGUCAGGUCACAUUUAGUGCAUGAUAAUACCGUGGACAUCGCUGUUCUCUCUCAACGUGCUGACGAGAUCUACCGGAGCAGUCUGUCCCCCAGAUCUUCGGUUAACACUGUGGAUUCGGUUCAUGCUGUGAAUUCACCUUCUUGGAUAAUUCUCCGCGGCAGCUGA